GACUCUCAAACCACAACGAGCUUCCUUCCUGUCGCUAUAGAGAUAAUAUUUGUUCCCAAUCUCUUGGAUGGAGAAAUUAUGGAAGUCAAUGCUGGUAAUAAAAUAAUAGCAAUGUUUUCCUCUAUUCAAACUUAUGUUGACGAAGAGCAAGAUAUACGUGAGAAAAUUGCUAUAGCUGUUAGAAAUGUUGAAAAGACAACAAGAGAAAUUUUUGCUAUCUUGCAAGCUGUUCAUCAUAACCCACAAUCAGAAAAAAUAUCUGGAAUUUGCAACCAGGCUGAAGAUAAGUUCUUAACACUGAAGUCACAAUAUUCUGACCUUAUACAAAUUAUACCAGCUGGACAGUACUAUAGAUUUAACGACCUUUGGAGAUUUGUGAAUCAAAAAGCAUGUUUUCUUGCUUCUCUUCUAUUUUACCUGAAGUUUAACAAGUUGAUAACACGAGAAGAGGUUGCUAAUAUUUUGGGAGUCAAAGUCAAGAGAGAAGAAGGGUACCAUUUAGACCUUGAUGAUUUUCUAACUGGAUUAUUACUUAUGGCUAACGAGCUGUCUAGAUUAGCGGUAAAUUGUGUGACAGCUGAAGAAUACGAUAGACCACAAAAAAUUGCAUCGUUUGUGUCGGAUUUAGAUGCUGGAUUUCGCUUGCUUAACCUUAAGAACGAUCAUCUGAGGAAGAAGUUUGAUGGAUUAAAAUACGACCUUAAGAAGAUUGAAGAAGUAGUAUAUGAUAUUAAGAUUAGAGGUUUGAUAAAAACUUAAAAAAUUGUAACAGCUAUAUGUUUGAGUAAUUUGCUGUUUUGUUUGCCGUGUGUCUUUCCUAACUUGAUCGUUGUAACUAGCUACGUUUUCUUGUUUCGUGUGCAUUACUCGUCUCUCUAUGGCUUAAAUUAUGUAGACAGAAAAUAAUCACUUAGCACUGUUAUCACAA